UCCUUCACAAUUUGAACUGCUCAAGGUAUUAGGUCAAGGUUCUUAUGGAAAGGUGUUCUUGGUGAGGAAGAUCAAAGGUCCAGACACAGGGCAGCUCUAUGCCAUGAAAGUGUUGAAGAAAGCCACACUGAAAGAGUCGCUCUUUAGAACUGUCACUGGGCGGAUUCUCUCAACACCAUAUGUCAAGUGGUAACUGAAGUGGCUCAACUUCAGAAUAAGAAGCAACAGAGACUGUCUGCAGAAACAGGGAGUCACAGCUGGAGGAAUACAGGAAUCCCAUGGGAAUGUAGCUCCAGUGGUGGGGAUUGGUUGAGUGCAUUCUCCAGUCCUCAUCUGUUCACCUACUGCUCACUCACUCAAAUCAUUACGCAGUCACUUCCAUUGGGGGAGGUGUUUUCUGAACCGAGACUUGACAAAACGUCCAUUGAAUGUGCGAGCAGUUGCAUGUAUUAAUUUGUAAUGCUGUUUUGCUUUUGCACCUCAUUUCUCUUUUAACUGAAAUCUCUACAGUUCCACCACGGCACUGUCAAUGCAGGAAGACUGGGAGAGUAAGGAAAUGGCUUUAUUCAUAUAUCACUGUACAAAGGGAAAAAACAUCAAAGGGGGAUUUUCAGGACAGCCCUUGUUUUGGUUUGACAGCCAUCUGUACCCUGCUUUUAACCUGUUCUCUUUUUGUGACUCACAAAGGUUGUAAAAAUAUUUUCAUAUUUUCAAUCUGCACCGUAACAACAGUAUUAGAAUGAAAAGGCUGGUUUACACCAGGAAAAUACAAUUUUUUGACUGAAGUAUUCUUUUCUCCAGUCAGUUAUUAUUUUAUUAUCUUAUUUUGUUUUUUAAAUCUUGAUGGUAUCCCCAAAUUUGCUCUGAUAUGGCAUAUUGUUUAGUCAUAUAGUCCACAGAUAUUCCAUAGCAUGAGAAGUGUUUUCAUUGGCCAAGGUCCAAGGCCCCAUGCCCGUAUUUCCAGCUAUGUAAACGUGUUUUCCCAGGAUUACCCAGAAUCUCCACUGUGGGUGAUCUGUCACCUGAUUAGGCUGCACGAACCUCAUGUCAUUCUUGGUCUCUGCUCGCAUUCAACCGCACUGCACUUAAUAUUGUUGUAGAACAUGGUCGGCAGCUGUUAAUUUCCCCUGUUCCCUCCCGUAACCUGGGAGACCUGCAGGCCCCCAUCAGCAGUCAGUGCAGGUGUUUUCCAUUGUUGUCCUUAGGCCUGUUAUGGAGCACAGCCUGCUUGAACACCGCCUUUUCAGCUCUCUGGACACUGCCCUCUGUGCAUUUUCUCAUAGGGGGGUUUCAACUGUUUCUUUUCCUUUUAUUUCUCACUGAAAGAGAAUAAAUAGACCUGUAGUAGAUUCACAUGAUUAGCAUUGAUCCUGUUAUUCAGCAUGCAGCAGCAGUGGUUCGAUCUCAUGUAACAGUGUGAUAUUUUAUGAAUUUAUGAGGUGUGCUGCUUGAUUCUUUAUAUUGUUUACAUGUGGGUGAAAUUAAUUAGAAAAAUGUUUUAACUGAAGAUAUUUUAAGAAGAAUAUGCAGUGUAAUCCAGUGUAAUAGCUUUUGUUUAAACUUAAAUUAGACUGCAGAUUGUAGAAAACAUUAUCUUUCACAAAACAAUAACACCAAAAAGGACCUAUUAAAAUAUGUUUAGGUAGGCUUUCAUGUUCAGUGAUGAAGGUGUUUCAAGAACUCAAUACAAGGAAAUGUUAUUGAAUGCAUCAGAAGGAAGCUCAUUAAAAUGGGAAAUUGUAAUCCUUAUAUUCCUAGCUGUGUUUAUAAAAUAUGAACAGUGCUGGAGCCUCUCACUCCUAUAUACUUCACUGAGCUAUUUACAUAGUUUACUCAUUUUCAAUGGAUAAUAUUGCUGCCUUCUUUACUGUAUUAUCGGAUACUGAAUCAGCUGUUGACGAAACAUAUCCUUGUCCUCAAUGAGUCUUCUGAAACAUACUUCCUGGAGGGUUGAUGUGUCUGCGGCUUUCUAUGAUUUCCUUUAAAUGAGCUGCCAGUGAAUCCCUUGGGAACAUGGUGUGGACUCUUUAGCCCAUAAAAGACUUAAAUGAAUCACUGGUGCUGAAAAACACUGAAAACCAGCAGACACUAUGGCCCUUUGGGGCUGGAUUCUGACACCUGUAUUAUAAAAUAUUGCAGUCAGUAGCCAUCUGUUUUACAGUGCCAAUAGCAUGCCAAAUUGCUUAACACCAAGUGAUUCAUGGUCUGGAAUUAGCUCCCAUUUUUUUAAAUUGCACUCCUACAAAAGAACAACCUCUUAAGGAAAUCGCUGGCAAAUUACAUUUUAGCAGAAAUACUAUAAACUAUUAUAGACUGGUCAUACAUUGAUGAUACUGAAAUUUGCAUUCACAGGAGACAGAUGGCUAUCUUGUUAUAAUUCUUGGGAUUUUCUGCAAUUAAAAAAAUGAAACUUGCAUAUUUCUUCAUCAGCAGUAGUUUCUCUUUUCAAAGGUGCGGGACCAGGUGCGAUCAAAGAUGGAGAGAGACAUACUGGCAGAAGUCAACCAUCCCUUUAUUGUGAAACUGCAUUACGCCUUCCAGACAGAAGGGAAGCUAUAUCUCAUUCUAGACUUUCUAAGAGGGGGGGACCUCUUCACUCGACUCUCCAAAGAGGCUAAGGUGAUGUUUACAGAGGAGGAUGUGAAGUUCUACUUGGCUGAGCUGGCCCUGGCUUUAGAUCACCUCCACAGCCUGGGCAUUAUCUACAGAGACCUCAAACCGGAGAACAUCCUUCUGGAUGAAGAGGGCCAUAUUAAGGUCACAGAUUUUGGCCUGAGCAAAGAGGCAAUCGAUCACGACAAGAGAGCGUACUCCUUCUGUGGUACGAUUGAGUACAUGGCCCCUGAGGUGGUCAACCGAAGAGGACACACGCAGAGUGCAGACUGGUGGUCCUUUGGUGUGUUAAUGUUUGAAAUGCUGACGGGAUCGUUGCCCUUUCAAGGCAAAGACCGCAAGGAGACCAUGGCUCUCAUUCUUAAGGCAAAGCUGGGUAUGCCUCAGUUUUUAAGCCCAGAAGUGCAAAGUUUGUUGCGGGCCCUUUUUAAGAGAAAUCCUGCUAAUAGACUGGGUGCCGGGCCAGAUGGAGUUGAGGAGAUCAAACGGCAUCAUUUUUUCAGCACGAUAGACUGGAAUAAACUGUUCAGGAGAGAAAUCAAGCCACCCUUUAAACCUGCUGUGGGGCGACCUGAAGAUACCUUCCACUUUGACCCUGAAUUUACCUCACGAACACCAACAGAUUCCCCCGGCGUCGCCCCCAGCUCCAACGCCCACCAGCUCUUCCGCGGGUUCAGCUUCGUGGCCACAAACCUGGAUGAGGAGCUCACCCAGACUGACCAGAACACUGUCAACCCUAUCGUACAGCAACUACAUGGAAAUAACAUCCAUUUCACGGAUGGAUAUGAAAUGAAGGAGGAUGUUGGCAUUGGAGCAUAUUCUAUCUGUAAGCGUUGCAUUCACAAAAUAACCAGCGUGGAGUACGCAGUCAAAAUCAUAGACAGAGCACGGAGGGAUCCGUCAGAAGAGAUUGAGAUCCUGCUGAGAUACGGACAGCAUCCCAACAUCAUAACUCUAAAGGAUGUGUAUGACGAUGGAAAGUACGUGUACCUGGUAAUGGAGCUAAUGAGGGGCGGGGAGCUUCUGGACAGGAUCCUGCGGCAGAAGUGCUUCUCAGAGCGGGAGGCCAGCGCUGUUCUCUGCACCAUCACCAAAACUGUGGAGUAUCUGCACUCACAGGGGGUAGUCCAUCGAGACCUGAAGCCAAGCAACAUCCUCUAUGUGGAUGAAACUGGAGACCCGGAGUCCAUCCGUAUUUGUGAUUUUGGUUUCGCUAAGCAGCUGCGGGCUGAGAACGGCCUGCUCAUGACGCCUUGCUACACAGCAAACUUUGUGGCCCCAGAGGUCCUUAAGAGGCAGGGAUAUGAUGCAGCCUGUGACAUCUGGAGUUUGGGGAUCUUGUUGUACACGAUGCUUGCUGGGUUCACCCCAUUUGCUAACGGUCCUGACGACACUCCAGAGGAAAUUCUGGCACGUAUCGGCAGCGGGAAGUACGCACUUUCAGGGGGGAACUGGGACACUGUGUCCGAUGCAGCAAAGGACGUAGUGUCUAAAAUGCUCCAUGUUGACCCCCACCAGCGUCUAACAGCUCCCCAGGUCCUAAGGCACCCCUGGAUUGUGAACAGAGAACAACUUUCACAGAGCCAGCUCAUCAGACAGGAUGUACAGCUGGUGAAGGGAGCGAUGGCUGCUACGUACUUUGCUCUGAAUCGAUCCCCUCAGGCCCCAAAGUUAGAACCCGUGCUUUCCUCUGGCCUGGCCCAGAGACGAGGGAUGAAGAGGCUCACGUCCACACGCUUGUAGCAUAUGCUCAGUACCCAAUGACCAACCAAGUGCCCUCACAUCUUCUAUAGGUAUUGGCUUGAGUUUGACCACAUGACUAACACCCAUUGGCAACAGCGACCACAGCUGUUGCGCAGAAUGCAGUGGAAUAUUGGUAUGCAUAACAGACAUGCGCAAUUACGGGGACCCAGCCACAUUCCAUGCGAUGACCUUUUUGUCAGGUACUGCACCCAAGACAUCAUCCUGACUCUUUUCUCUAUCUGCAGAGAUACGACUUGAUGAAACAUGAUAAGCAAAAGAUCUCCACAGUAGUCUCCUUAGAAGAAAAAGCACAACCUCAGUUUAACCUUAAAUUACAAACCAUGAAGAGCCAACAUUAAUUCAAAGGGUUCUUCCAAUCCAGUGAAGAGGAAACCUAGCUUUUGCCAUCUAAACUUUUUAGGCCUUGUAUUUUUAUACCAGCUACUAAUAAUUUUUAAAGUGCCGUCUGCAUACAUUAUAAUGUCCUAAGCUUUGUUACAUGCACUGUUCUCUCUUGGACCCACAUGAUGGAGUUCAAUUUAAAUCAGAAUUAUGUGUGGCUCUAACCAGGGAGCGUGAGGAUAAACAGAAAAGAUAUUGAUGAAAUACUGAUGAUUUAUACAGGCUGUAGCAUACAGGGUUUACUGAAUACCUGUGUAUAAUGUUGAAUAUUGUAUAUGUGUCCUUUUCAUAUGUUCCUCUGUCCUACUGCAUUUUAUAUGUAGGAACCACCAAGCCUACAUGUUAGAAGCCUUUAAUUAGAACAAUAAGUACUUAAUUGUGUUUUCCCUUCUAAAAAUAUAUGCAUGUUAUGAAAUGUUUUCACAGUCAGUCUUACCAAUAUUGCACUUGUGACACAACCUCAGCAUCUGCCAAACUUUGCAGAUAGUGUGAAACAGUUUAUGUCUUUAAUAACAUUUUUUUGCUCAUACUAAUAGUUCUGUCAUAGUCACUCGUCCAGGCAAGCUAGCAAUGACUAAAGAGUCCAGAAGUGAUCCUUUGAACUUCCUGUUACAUCAGGUUGCUCAGCCACAUUUUGAUAGAUUUGGCAUUGGUAAUGGGUUCUAGUAUGAGCAAAGCAAGGAGCAAUGUCAGACCCACUUGGUUCUUAGCUAUGCUUAUUGGACAGGGAUCUGGCUUCCAAGCACAGAUAAUAACAGGUAUUUAGUGAUUGCACUGUGAGUUUAGUAAAUUAAUUUAAAAAGUUAGUUUUCAUUACACUUAUGUAUUUUUCUGAUAUAGAAAUUCUAGGCAAUGUACAGUAGUUCUCCUUUUAUGUGGGGAAGCUAUGCUAAAAUGUGUUGUAAUCUAUAUGUACUGUACAGUAUGUCAGUUGUAAUGGUACUCUCGCGGGAAUCAAAAUGACACUUAUCUUCGGGAUAAACACAGAAACGUAGACAUACAGCAGCCACACUUUGCGUGUAUAUUGGUGUACAUAGUUGUCAACACUUAAUGUGUCACUAUACUUCAUUGUCAAACCAAAUGUAUUUAAAUUGAAAAUGCAUCUUGAAAUAUGCACAGAGUAUUCAUAAAUUAUGAAUAAAUAUGUCCACACUGAACGUGACGGCUACAAGAUGAUAUGUAUUCAGCUGCAUUAAACUGUGUAACAGUUAAGAC